AAGCCGUCACUGCCACUCUCGUAACAGCCGUGGUGCGGUCGCAGUCGCCGUCGUGUCGCGCGCGCGUUUCCGGGUGUUAUUUCCGCCGAGAGCGCAUAAUUUUGUAAUAUCAUUUGUAGUCUGCAGGUAUAUUUAGUAGCCGCGUGUGCGCGUGCGCGAGUGCUUUUUUGGUGUACAGAUUUCGGCAAUACCCGCCAUUUCGUCCGUUCGUCCCGACGACAGAGUUUAUUUUCAUUUUUUUACCACCCCCCCCAUCCAGUUUUCCCGAUUUCUCUACGCCGUUCUCGUUUUUCCGUUUUUUUUUUUUUUUUGUUUUUUUUUUGUUUUUUUUUUUUCAUACGUACUCACUCUAUUUUAUACACGUACUUUGAAAAAUUUUCCAAUUUUUUUUUCCUUUCCACAUUUUCUUUGACAUGCUCGCCCGCCGUCGAGGUCUUCGCGGCUCGUCCGCCGCCGCCGUCCCGGUUCCGCGCCACUCGGACCGCGCGUGAACGGAGCGCGCGCGCCCCGCCGUCAUGAUGGAGACCGGUUGACGCCAGAACGCGGACCACGCUAUUCUACAGGUAGCGGAGUGAUGUUGGGCGGCGUGGUUGGUAGGCAUAUGAGCAUACGGCGUAGGGAGAGCUCCCCGUCGGUACCUCAUCCAGGUGGCCCGGGGAGUCCCCGGUAUAGAAGACGGAGAAGAGCGGUAACUACUUCGGAUCAUAAGACAUGUGCUCUCAUACAGACCAGAAUAAAACUAGGCGACAUCAUAAUGUUGGCGGCGGAGAAGGAAGUCGCUGCGGCCGCGGGACGUGACUGCAUCGGGUCGGCGGGAACAUCCGCCGGCAUGGGGAGGCCGCGGUCCCACCACCAUCACCACCAUCAUCACCAUCAGCAGGCGGACGCGCCCCCUGGGCCGUCGUCCUUGUUCCUGUUCAGCACCGACAACCCCGUCCGCCGGUACACCAGGUUCAUCAUCGAAUGGCCUCCGUUCGAAUAUGCGGUGCUGUUAACCAUCAUAGCCAACUGCGUGGUGUUGGCUCUGGAGGAACAUCUGCCCAGGGGAGACAAGACUGUACUUGCUAAGACUUUGGAGGCAACCGAACUCGUUUUCCUAGCAAUUUUUUGCGUCGAAGCGACUCUCAAAAUAUUAGCUUUAGGUUUUUUACUGCACAGCGGCUCAUAUCUUCGUAAUAUAUGGAACAUUAUGGACUUUUUUGUAGUUGUAACAGGAUGUAUAACACAAAUACCGUCAGCGGCAAACAUGGAUCUGCGGACGCUGCGAGCGAUCCGGGUAUUGAGGCCGCUCAAAUUGGUCUCCGGAAUUCCAAGUCUGCAAGUUGUGCUGAAGUCCAUCAUCAAAGCAAUGGCACCGCUACUCCAGAUUGGCUUAUUGGUGUUAUUUGCUAUCAUCAUAUUUGCAAUCAUUGGACUGGAGUUUUACUCCGGAGCGUUGCACAAGACUUGCUACAAGUUGGAUAAUCUGAUUGCAAUGCAAAUCGAGGGACAGAGGCCGGCGCCUUGCAACUCGGACUCGGACUCAAACGAGAGCACGAAGCCGUACAACGCGUACUUCUGUGAUAACACGACAUCCACGUGCAUAGAAAACUGGGAAGGUCCUAACUACGGGAUCACGUCGUUCGAUAACAUCGGACUCGCCAUGCUCACCGUUUUCCAAUGCAUCACCAUGGAAGGGUGGACUACCAUUCUGUACUGGAUGAACGAUGCGUACGGUGUGCUGUUCAAUUGGAUAUAUUUUGUACCACUUAUUAUUCUAGGUUCAUUUUUUAUGCUCAAUUUAGUUCUUGGUGUGCUUAGCGGAGAAUUCGCUAAAGAAAGAGAAAAAGUCGAAAACCGUCAAACGUUUUUGAAGCUACGGCGACAGCAACAGCUGGAACGUGAGCUCAACGGUUAUGUAGACUGGAUAUGCAAAGCCGAAGAGGUCAUACUAGCCGAAGAACGGACAACAGAUGAAGAGAGAAGACAUAUAAUCGAAGCGAGAAGAAGAGCUGACAUAAAAAGAAAAAAACUGAAAACCUUGGGUAAAAGCAAAAGCACCGAAUCCGAGGAAGAGUGUGAGGAAGAAGAAGCCGAUGAAGUGCUUGGUAAAGGCAAAAAAGGUUUCCCACGCACACCAACGUUCAAAGACCGAAUGCGAAAAAAAGGCGUUUGUGCUUCUAUGUGGAGAGCAGAAAAACGGUUUAGGUUUUGGAUCAGACGCAUGGUAAAAGCGCAAUGGUUCUAUUGGUUCGUCAUCGUAUUAGUGUUUUUUAAUACAGUUUUCGUGGCCAUCGAACAUCACAAACAACCAGAAUACAUAACGAAUUUUGUUUUUUAUUCUGAGUACGUAUUCCUCAUGCUCUUCAUGGCUGAAAUGUUCAUCAAAAUGUACGCGCUUGGCAUACGGAUAUACUUUGAUUCCGCAUUCAACCGUUUUGAUUGUGUCGUAAUCAUGGGCUCCAUAUUCGAAGUCGUUUGGUCAGCCGUCAAAGGUGGCUCCUUCGGUCUAUCUGUGUUAAGAGCACUUCGGUUGUUACGAAUAUUUAAAGUAACAAAAUAUUGGUCUUCGUUGAGGAACCUCGUGAUAUCUUUACUCAACUCCAUGAGAUCAAUCAUAUCGUUGCUUUUCUUACUGUUUUUGUUCAUACUGAUAUUCGCACUGCUCGGUAUGCAGUUGUUCGGUGGACAGUUUAAUUUUGAAGAAGGAACGCCCCCAACAAACUUUAACACAUUUCCAAUAGCUCUGCUAACCGUGUUUCAGAUUCUAACCGGUGAAGAUUGGAACGAAGUCAUGUACCAAGGUAUUAGAAGUCAAGCUCAAACGCAAGGUGGAGGGAUGAUAUAUGCUCUAUACUUCAUAAUUUUAGUAUUGUUUGGUAACUAUACACUGUUGAAUGUGUUUUUGGCUAUUGCCGUUGACAAUUUAGCAAAUGCACAAGAACUAACAGCUGCCGAGGAAGAACAAGAAGAAGAGGACAAAGAGAAACAACAACAAGAGCUCGAGAAAGAAAUGGAAGCAUUACAAAUGAGUACUGACCCGUCCAAGAUGGAAAUGAUACCAACAUCGCCAUCACAAAAUUCCAGUGUUUCACUUAUCAGACACCACCGAAAACACCAUUCGGAUGAGCCUGACAGCAAAGUAGAGGAAGAAGAAGAAGAAGACGAAGGUCCAAAACCUAUGUUACCGUAUUCGUCAAUGUUUUUAUUAUCACCUACCAACGGUAUUAGAAGAGCUGCCCAUUGGAUCGUUAAUUUAAGAUAUUUCGAUUUUUUCAUUAUGCUGAUUAUCAUAUUGAGCAGCGUGGCGUUAGCCGCUGAAGAUCCGAUUAACGAUGAUUCGGAUUGGAAUAAUUAUUUGGACGUAGUCGACAACGUUUUCACAGUGAUUUUUGCCAUAGAAAUGAUACUGAAGAUUAUCGAUUUGGGGGUGAUUUUACAUCCCGGUUCGUAUCUCAGAGAGUUUUGGAAUAUAAUGGACGCGGUAGUGGUCAUCUGCGCAUUUGCGUCAUUCAUAUUUCAAAAGGGUGGUGGUUCUGUCGGCACUAACCUAUCGACCAUCAAAUCACUCCGUGUGCUGCGAGUAUUGCGACCACUGAAGACCAUCAAGCGCGUACCCAAGCUCAAAGCGGUGUUCGACUGUGUGGUGAAUUCGCUGAAGAACGUAAUCAACAUACUGAUUGUGUACAUACUAUUUCAUUUCAUCUUUGCCGUCAUUGCUGUUCAGCUGUUUCAUGGAAAAUUCUUCUAUUGUAAUGACAGCAGCAAGUCCGUUAACGACACAUGCCAGGGUUAUUAUUUCAAAUACGAAGCUGGUGAUACGGAAGACGUCAAUUCGCAAAAGUUCAUACCAAGCUCGGAGAGGAGAAAAUGGGAGCUACAGGACUUCUACUACGACAACGUGGCCGUGGCUAUGUUGACGCUGUUCGCAGUCCAAACGGGCGAAGGAUGGCCUCAAGUGUUGCAAAAUUCGAUAGCGGCCACGGAGGAGGACCACGGACCCAUACCGAAUUACCACAUCGAGAGGUCGUUGUUCUACAUAAUUUAUUUUAUCGUGUUUCCUUUCUUCUUUGUCAACAUAUUCGUCGCUUUGAUCAUUAUAACGUUUCAAGAACAAGGAGAAGCCGAACUACAAGACGGUGAAAUUGAUAAAAACCAGAAAUCAUGUAUUGAUUUUACCAUUCAAGCGAGGCCGCUGGAGAGGUACAUGCCAAAAGAUAGGAACAGUAUGAAAUAUAAGAUAUGGCGCCUGGUAGUUUCGACGCCAUUUGAAUACUUCAUCAUGAUACUGAUCGUCUUGAACACGCUGUUACUAAUGAUGAAGUUUUAUCAACAAAAAAAAUCCUACAAGACUGCUCUACAUUACAUGAACAUGGUGUUUACUGGCAUGUUUACCAUUGAGUGCGUGCUCAAAAUUUUGGCGUUUGGAGUCAGGAAUUUUUUUAAAGAUCCGUGGAAUAUUUUCGACUUUAUCACGGUCAUCGGAAGUAUCGUGGACGCGCUGGUCAUCGAAUUUGGGGAACGCCUCGUAUAUGUGUACCGAACUGUGUUCGAGAAAGAUAUAGUCAAAGAACCAAAACUGCUGUUCGGAGAAGUUGUGGAGGAAAACUUCAUAAACGUCGGAUUCCUUCGACUGUUCCGAGCCGCUAGACUGAUAAAGCUGCUCCGACAAGGGUAUACAAUUCGAAUAUUGCUCUGGACGUUCGUCCAGUCGUUCAAAGCCCUUCCCUACGUUUGCCUACUGAUUGGCAUGUUGUUCUUCAUAUACGCUAUAAUCGGGAUGCAGAUUUUCGGCAACAUCCAGCUGGAUCCUUCCACAGAAAUCAACAGACAUAACAAUUUCCAAACGUUUGUCCAGGGUCUAAUGUUGUUAUUUCGAUGCGCCACGGGCGAAGCGUGGCCGUCGAUCAUGUUGUCAUGUAAUCAUGGUAAAAUGUGCGAGGCAGGUGCCAAAAAAGCAGAUAACGAUUGUGGUUCGAAUAUGGCCUACAUGUAUUUUGUCUCGUUCAUAUUUUUCUGCUCGUUUUUGAUGUUGAACUUGUUCGUGGCAGUUAUCAUGGAUAACUUUGAUUACCUAACCAGGGACUCGUCGAUUUUGGGAGCCCAUCACUUGGAUGAAUUCGUUCGUAUCUGGGCGGAAUACGACCCAAAUGCAACGGGAAAGAUACACUAUACUGAAAUGUACGAUAUGCUCAAAAACAUAGACCCGCCAUUGGGUUUUGGCAACAAGUGUCCCAAUCGUUUGGCAUACAAAAAGCUCAUUCGGAUGAACAUGCCGGUCGACCAGGAUGGCAAGGUGCAGUUCACCACAACACUAUUCGCACUCAUCCGGGAAAACCUGAGCAUAAAGAUGCGAUGUGCUGAAGAAAUGGACCAGGCGGACGAAGAAUUGAGAGAGACUAUUAGACAUAUAUGGCCGUUACAGGCCAGAAAGAUUUUAGACUUGCUGAUUCCGAAAGGCGAUUGUCUGAACGCCGGAAAACUGACGGUAGGCAAGAUAUACGCGGGUCUGUUGAUUUUAGAAAGUUGGAAGUCUACGAGAUUCGGUCAGGUUGAAUCGUCGAAUCCACAGGACAUUGCAGAACAUAGUUCCCCAGAGCCGCACUCAUCAUUCUUCACGUGCCUGAUGGAGGCCGCCGGUGCGACAAAUUGGAAUGCAGAACGUGGACAGGACGAAGACGAAAACAGCUGUUUGCUGACUAGGAACAACUCCAGGAGCCGGUCUAAAAAGCGGUAUAUAACGCAAUCCAAACGUUUGAGGAGGAGACGUGGCGAUAUUUUAGAAAAGGUGAUGGAGCUGACAGACGUGAUGAUUUCAUCGCGGAGACCGUCCGAAGAUUCCAAUUCCGACGGACAACAACCCCAGCACCAGGGUGUGCACUUACACCCGGGUUAUAGACAGCAGAGAUCGCGAUCGCCGAGCAUACGUAGAGAGCGUCAUACCCCGUCACCAAUCAGGAGAUACCAUCACCACUACCAUCACCACAGUCAUCAUCCACACGAGAUCGGCUUCAGUGACACUGUUUCUAACGUUGUCGAGAUCGUCAAACAGUUGGAUCAUCGACGUCAUCCUAGAGGUUCUUGGUCGGCGUCCACGAGUCCAGUCCGUUCGCCCAGCCCGGACAGGUCGGAGAGCGGCCGCACGUACUACGGCACCACCAGCCUGGACCAGCGGUCGCGUUCCCCGUCGCCGGUGUCGACGAACGGCAGCGGACGGCACCAGCACCACCAGCAGCAGCAGCAGCACCACCACCAUCAGCACCACGGAGGCGGCGGCGGCGGGGCGUCGGCCUCGUCGUCCGCCGCCGCCGGGCCGACGUCAUCGAGACAGCAACAGCAGCACCAGCACGUCAUGCAGCACCAACAGACGGCACCGCCGCCGUCGUCGUCGUCGUCCGUGUCGCACCACGGGUCGCACCACCCGCCGCUGUCGCUCGGCGGCGGCGGCCACGCGACCUCGCUGUCGGCGAUGAUGACCGGGGCGUCCGGGACGGCGGCCAUGACGAUGCCGCCGCCGUCCGUGCUGGUCAACAGCAGUUACCCCGUGCUGGCCGUGGCCGGCUGCAACAGGCGCCGGUUGCCGCCCACGCCCAACAAACCGUCGUCGCUGCAGCUCCGGCCGCCGCACCACUCGGCCUCGAUAAACUUUCCGAAGCUGAACGCGUCGCCGACGCGCGGCCAACCGGCCUCGCUGCCCAAACCGCCGCCCGUCAACAUGUCGUCCACGUCGACGGCCGCGGCCGUGGCCCGGCAGAGCAUGGCCAUGACCGCCAUGCCGCCGCUCAGCUUCGAGCAGGCCAUGUCGAUCGGCCGCAGUGGCCGGCUACUGCCGUCGCCGGUGCGCAACGGGUACGCGUCGUCGUCGUCCAAGCAGCAGCAGCAGCCGUCGUCGUCGUCGUCGGUGUCCGCGAUCAGGCGGCAAAAGAGCGGCGGCGGUGGCCGGGUGAGCAGCCGGCACAGCGAUUCGGACGAGGACGACUGGUGCUAACCCUUACUGUCCGGUAGUGGCCGCCGCAGCCGCUGCCACGCCGGCAGCAGCGGCAGAAGCAGCAGCAGCAGCAGCAACAGCGACGGCGGCGAAACAUUCGGCAUGACGUUGUUCAGAUCGUUUCGGUCGUCCGCAUCGCGUUCGCCCCGGCCGACGAUCGUCGCGUCGCCUUCGUCUUCGUCGUCGCUGUUGGACUACUCCUCACAGUCUGCUCCGUCGCCGCCGCCGCCGCCGCCGCCGAAGCAGCAGUAGCAGUAGCCGCCGCUGCCACCGCCUAAAAUUUAUAAAUAUUAUAUAUUAUUAUUACCUUAUUAUUAUUAUUAUUAUUAUUAUUAUUAAUAACUAUUUCCGAACUUAAGAAAAAUAAAAACGGCUCGUUGUUUUGCGCGUACUCUCGUCGUUUUUUCGUUUUUGAUUUUUUCGUUUUUUUUUUUUAACGUACCCAUUUACACGUGUCACAUCGAUGGUGUACGUAACUUUGUUAAGAGGUUGAUAAAUAUUAUAUUUAGUGGAUAAAUAAUAUUGUAUUUCCGCAAAAUGUUGGUUUUUUUUUUUUUAUUAUUAUUAUUUUAUAAUCGACCGUAUUUUUAUCGUACAUAACAAUAAUAAUAAUUGUAUUACAAUCGUCGCGCAGUUUCUGUUCAGAUCAUUACAUUAUAAUAAUAUUAUGUUUGUGUGUAGGUAUAUACGUUUAUAUUAUAUAUUAUACAUACAUUUUUUUUAUGGCCGGACAUUCCCUUCUUUUCACUUUGUCGUCCAUCCAGCUGUCUCCCCACACAAACGCCACAGAUCACUAUAUUAUACCGUCGUCGUGUUCAAACAUGCAGCACACAUUACAAGCGUCUCUUAUUAUUUUAUUAUAUAUGUUUAUAUAUAUAUUGUCGUGUCUCGUUCUACUCUUUACAAUCAUACACAAGCACAGCACACACAAUAUCGAAUUAUAUAUUAUUAUCAUCGAUGUGUUGAAUCGAACUUGAAGUUCAAAAAUCGUUGUAAAUUACAUCCCGAUCCAAGUGAAUAAAAUCUUAUUAUCUAAUCUAUAGUAUAUUAUAACAUUAUUGCUUGUUUUGUUUCCAAAUAUAAACAUGCGAAUUAUAAAACGUGUUAUAAUACUAAUAUGAGAUAUAUAUUUUAAAAAAAAAAUCCACCAUUUCAUUCGCAUCUAUUAAUUAUCAUUCUAAAAAUUUCUUUUUCGAACUACAUUUUUAUGAUUUCAUAUCGAUCGUUAUAAUAUACAGUAUACUUAAUAAUCGGUAUUAGACUAUGUAUUUUUUAUUUGCGUACUUGCAAUUUUUCCCCCGUUAUCGUGAUCUUCGAUAACUGUUUAUGUUUUCUGAUAAUUUACUAAUACGCUCAAUGUACUUAAAUAAUAAUAUUGUAUUAUAUUUGCAAACAUUUACUCUCGUUUUUUCGUUCAAUUCAUUUUGGCAAAACUACAAGUUUAACCACUGGCGGAUUUUUUGUUACAAUAAUCAUGUUAAUUUUUUAUUUAUUUUUUUUUUUUGAAACUACGCAAUCAAAGAACACCCAAACCUUUUUUGGGAUUUUCUUAUCUGUGGUUAUAUUUUCUUAACAUUUUGUUUAUGCCAUAUAUUUUUGUGAGUAUGAUACGUACAAUAUGUGUUAUGUAAUAGUGUAAAUCCAUAAAUUUUUCGUAUUUUAAUUUUUAGGUAUUCAUAUUCUGCUAAAUAAUUGUUUAUAUGUAUUACCAGCGUAACUUUUUACUUUGUCAAAUGUUUAUUGUAAAAAAUGUUGCUUAUUAUUUUCGUUGUAUAUGAUAUGUAACGGCCAUUCAUUUUAAUAUCGUUGUUUAUUUCUCGGAAAUUCGAAACGAACACGACAAGACGUCUUCUUUUUUGAAUAAUGACGACAAGGGGAUGUCCGUGACAUUAUUCUUUGCCGUAUUAAAAAUUACUUAAAAAAAAAAAAAAAAACAUUUACUCGUUUUAUUGUAACGGACAAAGCGAAAAACAAUAAUAUAAUAUAUUUAAUAACGUAAUACCUAUUAAUAUUGUAUGACAUUACGUCACUAAAAAAAUGUCAUAAACACAAUUGAUAUUAAUAAUAAUUAUGAUUAAAGCUAACAUUUUUCGAACUGUUUGAAACGUCGGAGUUCAUCAGCUGUACGUACAUCUUAAUCCGAAUUUCGCUUUGCCUAAAAGUACAAAAAGCGCUAAACUCGGCAAUAUGCAUAUUGUUUUUCUCCGUUUUCCAUUUCAUUUAUACCCAUAAUAAUAUCAUCUGAAAACGCUUUCGUAGACACAGGUUUCACAAUCGUUGCGAGUUUCUUUUGUGUGUGUGUAUGUUUAAUUACUACAUAAUACAUUAUAUUUCAUGGUUUCUUCGUUUUGUACUUUUGGAGCGUUUAUUAUGUUGUUCAGUAUACUUUAUACAAUAAUAUAAUUAUUAUUACUAUUACUAUAAAUAUUAUAUACAAUGUGACUUUAUGUUGCGUGCGAACGUGUAGGCAACUAUGUUGUACAUUAUAUUAUGUUCUGUUAUUUAAUGUGUUUCUCUUUUGUAUACUUAAUAUUAUAUUGUUCCGUUUCGUUUAUUUUUUGUCAAUCGUUUCAUCUCGUGCGGUUUCAGAAACGUAGGUUUUAUAAACCAUGUAUUCAUAAUAAUAUAUUUAUCAUAUAUUGUUUCAAUAUUUUCAAUUAUUGAAUUUGUUCAUUCCCUGCUCUUUUGUUUUUAGUCCAUCCAUCCAGACACAAACACACACUCACACACACGUACAACACACACACGUACACACUCACACAGGUGUAUUAAAAUGUACAUAUAUACUGGCCCUGGUUUAAACAAAUCUAUCUAGGAAGUACCCGUUAGAUUGAAUGACAGGAUUUUAUUUUGUAAAAAUCUGUACGAGAUUGGUCAACAAAAACAUGACAUACAGUUAAGACUUUAAAAGUUAAAUAACUAAAGAAUUAAUCACAAUAUGAUGGUAUUAUUGUUGAUGCAUUUUUAACCACCCUAUGAAUGAUACUUGAUAUGUAUUAAAUAGAAUCAUUUAAAUAACUUUCAAUAACUGUGGUUUCAUUUGAAUCUCGCUUACCAUUUUUUCCUGUGUUAGUCAUAAUUGGUGUGUAUCUUUAAUUUCUAGUAGGAUCCUACACCUUAUGAUUAUGUAUUAAUCAUAAAUCAGGCCCGUAUGUAUGUUUGCCCACGCGCAAUUAGUGGGUCACCUACAUUAUUAUGUAUUAUAAUAUGAAUAUGUGUUUGUUCGAAAACCUAUAAAUCGAAUUAGAACUUUUAAUUCGUAUUUUCCAAAACAGUUGUAUUGAUUUCAAUCCACAUGCAAAAUAGCCCGAGUAUUCAUUAUAUUAUAAUAUACACGUAAAUAUUAAACAAAAUAGGUAUGAUAGUAUGUUAAACAAUGUAUAUUUUGUCCCAUAUCUUAAUUCUCUUCUUCAUUUUAUCUUUAUCUAUCUAACUAUGUUUAUCUAUUUAUUAUCUUUAUAUUUUAUCUCUGUAUUUGUGACAAAAAUGACUUUGUACAUAGUAUAGAUUUUGUUUGAUUGUUAAAUUAAUUCAUUUUUUUUUUGUUUUUUAAUAAAUACAAUUUAAAAAAAAAAAAAAAA